AUGGAUAUGUCUGAUACCUUUUUUGAAACCAUUCCUGUCUGGGUCAAGCUAUCAAGGUUUCCUCUGGAAUAUUGGCAUGGAGAUAUUUUUAAGGGCAUUGCUGGAGUGUUUGGUGAACUUCUAUCCAUUGAUCCUAUGAUGGCUGCUAGGAAAAUAAUGGUCUAUGCUAGGAUUUGUGUGGGGGUGUCUAGAUCUAAGGAUAUUCCUUCAUUGGUGGAGCUGGUGUCAAAGUUGGGAAUGCUAGUUCAAACUAUUGAGUUUGAAUUGUUACCUUUUGUUUGCUUCUUGUGUAAAAAGGUGGGCCAUUGGGCAAAGAAAUGCCCUCAGAACACCAAGAUAGAUCCUAAUAAAGGACCUAUCAUCUGGAAACCCAAACUUGUGGACGCAGAAAUCCAGAAUAAGAAGGGUGAUUUUGUGCACCAGAAAGGGCUUGAUGGGAGCCAUGAAACCAAUAAGAAAAAUGUUGUUCAACAUGGCCAGAACAACGAGGCGAAAGAAAUAGGCCAGGAGGAAGAUAAUAGAGAAAGUAUUCAUGGUGAUCAAAACCUUGAGGCCAAGGACAUAGAUCUGAAGAUCACGUCUGAGGAGGGUCCUGAUAAGGUUAUAGAGGAGAUAACUAAGGAGAAUGUGAUCAUUGAAAAGGGAGAAGAACAAGUUUUGGUUGAGGAUUUGGGGAUGAAGUUGAUUUCAUGGUCCAGUUAUGAGGUAGAUGCAACCAUUCUGGAUGCAUAUGCUAAGAUGCUUAUUGAUGCACCGACAGAUGAAUCUGAAAAAUAUUUUGGAACUGCAAAGCAAAAAGAACUUGAAGUUAAAACAAAAUUUAAUCAGAAGAAGAGAGAGAGCCAGGAGGGUAAAAGAAAGAAAGUAGAAGAUCCAAAGGAGAAAGAUGAGAAGACAAGGAAGCAGUCAGAAAGGAAGGUAACCUUUAAGGUAUCGGUUAGUCAGCCGGCUGAAAGGAAGCCUACUCAGAAGAAAAGGCCAGUAAAAGAUACUCCUUCAUCAUCUGGCAAGAAGAAGAAGAAGGAAGACAUAGAUGAAGAGAUUGCAAAGCAAAUACCAGCACAAUUAUAUAAUAAUCUAAAUGAUAUAAGAUUAUCUGCUAUGGAGGAAGAUCGCCACAUAAAGAUUCAAGCAUUAUUAACUAAUUAUGGUUCAAUUACCCUGGAGGAGAUGGAUAGGUGCUUUGAAACUACUAAUAGAACGAUUUUCAGAAGUAGGCACAGGACAGUUAGCCUUAUGGCGGGUAGAGUUAAAGAAAUAAUCAGUGAAACCAAUGAGGCAUGGGUUAAAUUAUUUAUUGACAACCUUGAUUUAUUUACAUCACUGGAAGCUAAUCCUAAAUCUGACACUUCAGACAUCCCGGUUGAUGGCAAAGGCAAAGAGGAGAUACAAGAAGAAAAGGCUAGUGUACAAAAUGAACAGGUUAUAGAUGUUGAGGACAAUAGUCCUCUAGAUCAAAAUGAACAAGUUCUGGAUACAACAAAUGUGGAACUGAUAGUAACAGAUGCUGCACCAAGUGGCAAAGCCACUAGUGCAAAAGAAGAUGAUAUUGGAGAAAAUAAACUAGAGGAGAAAGAUAAAGAGAAAAAUCAGGAAGGAGAGAAGGAAAAGGUACUUCAAAAUGAGAUAAGUGUUUAUGCACAAUCAUCAGAGAAAAAGGGAGAGGAAUCUAGAAGAGACCCGAUGACUAGAACUACAUUGUUGGCAAUUACCACUACAAAUGCUGAGUAG